AUGAAAAUUCCGAACAGAUUAGGUCGAAAAUGUGUUUACGAUACUCAGAUAUCGCAAUCCUUGGCAUCACCUCCCUCUGCUGGACCUUCGCGGACAAGGUCUGCUGAACCUUCCGGUUCCUCUUCGAAAGUCCCAGUAUUUUCCGAGGCCUUCCUGAGAACAGCUAUCAUACAACAGUUGUCUGGAAAAACCAUGAAAGACAUUCUUGCUUCAUAUCAAGAAGGUAUCCAUAACUGGUUCCCCAUAGUCUCAUCGUCCCAUCUCGAUGUUCGUCUGCCUCACAAUUGGGAAGAGUCCACAUCUGAAGUGACCCUACUUCUUGCGUCCAUGGCUCUCGCAACAACUAUGCCUUUAUCUUCCAUCUCGCAAGUCUGGAAAGAAUCACAAGGUGUAUAUUAUCUGUGCAAAUCAUUAUUGGGCUUCCUUGAUGCUCUUGACAAGAACUCCUUGGAUUUGUUACAAGCGAGAGUUUUACUAGUUGUAUUUGAGAUGGGUCAUGGACUUUAUCCGACGUCGUACAUCUCAAUAGGUGGCUUGGUCAGAGCAGCAGAUGCACUUGGGGUCUACCCAGACCCAAAAGCUCAGUCCUUGCGUGGGCAAUCCAGAGAGGAGUAUGUGUUGGAGCUGAAACGUCUCUGGCAAGGUAUUUUGAUUUUAGAUAGGUACCAUUGUUGUUCCCUGUUUGUGAAAGAAUCCUCACAUUUGCAUAGGAUUAUCGCCAUCGAAAAUUCCGACUGGUCGCCAGUGACCAAGUGCCGUUCAUUCGCACAACUCAAUACUCUUCAAGUUCCACAGGAUAGUCUUUCACCAGACCCAAGUUUCUCAAUAUUUGAUAAGACAUUUGCAGCUUCCAACUUCCUAGAAAAAGUUCAAAAUAACAUCAGUCCCCAAGAUCAACAAGCCAAGAACAAUAAAAAAUUUACAAUUGAAGAAAUCUCUCUCAUAACCCAAAGAACCAUGGUGACUGAGCAAGACGGUUCUGUGGAACUUUACGAUGGAAGCCGGGCUAUUAUUACCAGGUCAUCCUCCUUUCACAAGCCUAUGAAACACAGCAGAAUUUCUGACAAGAUCCUUUGUAGUGCGCUGCUGGAUCUCUAUGAACGCGGCAUCAAAGUGCCGCCAGAUGAAGAGUCCAAUAAUGUACCGGCACAGAAGUUAGCACAAAUAUAUCUCGAUAACCUACUACAAAAAACAACAAUUUUCAUUGGUUCUCUGACCGCUGCAGAAGGCACGAGAAACCUACAUGUUGUCUCGCCGUUUGUUUUGCAUAUGCUUUAUAGAUCAGCUUCGAUAUUCACGGAGAGGAUAAGGGUUGGUGAUUCUUCGAAAGCAAGUUUGGACUCUUUGCGGGUUCUCCGGAAAAUGCUGAAAAGUCUCAGUGAGAGAUGGCUGGCUGCUGGUAAGUCCUUAGCCAAGUAAAGUAUAGCACCAGACUCGUACUAAUUAAAGGAAAGAUCGUUAUUUGAAAUUGUUAGAUGAAGAUACCACUUUGAGAAUGGCAAGAGCUUUGGAAUUAGAAGAAUAGUAGUUUGUGGUUUGCUCGCCAACGAAUACAAAAGUAAUCUUUUCCCUCGGAAUAACAAUUCUAAUCGAUCACCGGUAGUGGAAUAGGGAAAGUGAAUCCAAAU